UUCGGAAUAAUUCUAAAAUAUUUCAAUAACUUCACAAAAUAGUCACCCAGACCGUGUAGCCGAGCCUUUCUCACACUCUACGUUCACCAUGACUUCUAAGAUAGUGAAGCCUGCACACCAGGAAGCUGAUGACUUCGAGAAGUCCAUCGCUGCGGCUCUAGUAGAUCUUGAGGCUAAUGUCCAGGAGCUAAAGGUCGAUCUUCGUGAGGUAUACAUCACCUCCGCCAAGGAGGUUGAUGUAGGUGCCGGAAAGAAGGCCAUUGUUGUCUUCGUGCCCCCACCACUACUACAGGCCAUGCACCGUGUCCAGGUUCGCGUUGUUCGCGAGCUAGAGAAGAAGUUCAGUGGCAAGCACGUCAUUGUCUUGGCUCAGCGUCGUAUUCUCAAGAAGGAGACGCGUAAGACACGUUGCACACAGCCUCGUCCCCGCUCGCGUACCCUUACACACGUACAUGAUGCCAUUCUUGAGGAUCUUGUCUACCCAACUGAGAUCGUCGGCAAGCGCACCCGUGUAAAGACUGAUGGCUCCAAGAUUGUCAAAGUACACCUUGACAUGAAGGAUCAGAAGGAGGUUGAGUACAAGCUGGAUACUUUCUCGUCCGUGUAUAAGCGCCUAACAGGAAAGGAUGUUACUUUCGAGUUCAAGCCCUCCCCCUAAUUUAGCACAGGGAGACUAAUGGUAACCUUAUAAACAUCGAGUUCCAGAUAUGUACUCGGAUUGCUUUUUUAAUUUGCAAUUCGAUACGUUACCUUUGUUUCUAUCGAUCAAUGUGGCAU